AGGCAAGGUGGUUGCAGCUCUUUAAACUAGUGGAAAAACAAUACCAGGAUCAGAUUUUGUCUCAGCAGGACCAAUACCAAUGUCAGAUCCAACCAGGUUACCAUCCUUUACAAAACUCAUAAGUGAUACAACUGAAUCCUGUUUUCUUAAUGGCCACUGCCUGGAGGAACUGGAAUGUAAAAUGGAAUCUGAUGUACAAUCUGACUGCAGUGAAACAGAAGAACAAGUAAUGGCUAGCAAUGAAUGCAAUCUUGAACAGAAAGAACUUCAGGACAACAUGCCGCUGACCAGUGGAUAUGGAACAUUUUCAGCAUCAAUGCAAUCUGAUUUUCAUGGUAUCGGUACAGGGCAUAAUUCUAAAUUGAAUACUGAAAACAGUAAACAGAAUAUGAAGGAAAAUGAUCCAGUCCAGCUCCAUAAUCUAUCCCGUUUUCCUCCUCCAAAAGAAAGUGGACAGCCAUCAGUGGCUUUUGCUACUGCUAACGAGUACUCUGUCACAAGCAAACCAACUCAAGGCCUGAGGACUAAUCCAGAAGAGAGUAGCAACAAAUCCAGUUUGGAAGUGACAGCUGCACCUGAGGGUCUGCUGGGAAAGCAGAAUAAGGUUAAUGGGUUGACAUCAUGGGCACAAAAAGUUAGACAAAAGAAUCAGAAAUCAAAACUUGUAAAUGGAGCUGGAUUGGAGAGAAUGGAGCCACAGGGAUGUGGGCAGCCUCAGGAGAUUGAAGCACCAGAAGGUGUUAAUUUGCUAUCUGCAGGCUCCUCUCAGAACUCCUUCUACCUCAGCAGACCUUCUAGCAGUCCAAACUCUCUGGUAUCUAAUAUUUCAGGACUUUCUUAUUGGAGGCUGGAUGAAAAGGAUCUGUACCGGUCUUUACCAAAGAACAAGGAGGCUGACCUUGCUGACACAUUUUCUUCCAUCAAAACUGUUGAUAGAUGUCAGCUUCCAGCAGACUCCCGAUGGCAAGUCUCUUCACUGCGGGAGAUUUAUAAUGUGAAGCAGAAGGAAAACCAGAGUGUACCUGGCUGGGAAUCGAGUUCCCCUCCACGUCGUCAGUCUCCCCCACAGGUUUUAACACUUGAUCCUACUCUUCAUAUGAAGCCACCUGCAGCAUUUUCUUCGCGAUAUGAUUUCUCUACUCCGGUAGCAGUUUCAGAAUCUGACACUCCAUCUUCAGUCAGCCCAGACUCCAUCAUGAGUGUAACUAUACAUAGCUAUUCUGAUCAUAAUUCAGAAUUACGUGUAGAUACAUUGCUAGGAUCAGAAUUGACCAGUACUUCCGGAUGUUCCCAACAGAAGACCUUGUCACCAUUACAGAACUGGAAUCUCCAUCCUGCCUCUCGAGCCUCCUCUGCUGUCAACAGUCCACACUCUAAAAAUUUACAACCGACAAGGAAUGCAGGCUCAUUGCAUGAUCAAGUAGAGAGGUGCAGUUCUACAUUGACACAACCAUCUGUGCCCUGUAUUGGGCCAUCGGGGAUUAAAAACAGUGUAAGUGGCUCAAUGGAUCAUCGUGUAUCUGCAUCAUCUCUUGAAGAUCCUAUUGUGUUAUCUAUAGCUCGCCUAAAUCUACGUGAGAAGCAUGCACGUCAUGUGGCUGACAUUAGGGCAUACUAUGAGGCAGAAAUAAACAGCCUUAGGGAAAAGUUGGAAAGCUUAAAUGGAUCUUCAACAAUAUUUGAAGCAGAGAAACAUAACAAGGAUCUUAUAAAAAGAUGUGAACAACUGGAAAGAGCUUUAACUGAAGCUGGUAAUCGAAUUCGAGAUUUGGAGAACAAGAACUACUUAAUGGAAAUGCAGUUGAUUGAUUGGCCAGUGCGCUAUGAUGCAGUUAGUGCCACAGCUAAUGCAUUACAACAGCGUCUUGAUGAAAUGCGAAAAGACAACAAGGAGAAGGAUAACAUAGUCAACAAACUCAAUAGCAGGCUGAAAGAUCUAGAAGAGGCCUUUGAAAAAGCUUACAAACAUUCUGAUAAUAAAGACGCCAGAAUGAAACAAGAACACAAAAUAUUACAGAAUCUACUUAUAGAAUACGAGUCACUGGGAAAAGAACACGAACAAGUAAAGGAAACUUUGAGUACAACAGAAGAUAAACUAAUUGAUGCAAAUUCUCAAAUCUCCGAGUUGAAAAGGGUUGUUUCUAAACUUGAAGCUCAAAUUCGACAAGUGGAACAUGAAAGAAACUAUGUGAAGGUCCGAUCUGGUGCACACUGCUGUUCACGGACAUCAAGCAGUAGCCUUUUCCAUCCACCUGAUGAAAAUUAUUCUCCUGCAAAAACUUCUCCUGAUUUUGCAAGACGCAAGUGGCUGACUCCAGGUUCUGACUAUUCCAUCUUCACAGGACAACCCUUAGAAAAUCCCUGUAAUGCUUCUAGCAAUGACUCUGUGGAGACCAACCUGCAGCCCAGAAGGUACCAUUCUCCCCCAGAGAAGGAUAACCCUUUUAAUCAGCAAGAUCCUUCAAAUGGUUUGGACGAGCCUAUUCCUCCUAUUCUCAAAGCAUUACAAAAGCUUGAUGCCAGAAAUGUAUCUGAAAGCUGGGAAGCAGAAGAAUCAAAGCAUGUCUCAGAAGCAGGCGAUGCUACAAAAUUCUUGCAUCGCAAACAGACUGUAGGAUUUGCAGACGCCACUUACAGUGGAGACAAAUCUGAGGAUUCUGUUACGGGUCGAACCAGAUCAAAAAGUAGUCGUUCUCCCUCAGGUCAAAGAUCGUCUUCUGUACCCCCUUCAAACCGGAGGCCAACACCCACUUCUACACCAACUAAACGGAACACUUUGCUAACAUCGCUGUCUGCUAAGUCCAGUCCCAAGCGCUGUCCUAAAGAGAACCUGUCUCCUGGGUUUAAUCAUCUCCUUGGCAAAGAAGAAAACAUGGUGACAAGGUUUGACGUAAACUUGGAUGGAAUGGAGCUUCCAAAUUCAGACCCAUCUCACAGUUCAAGCCCAAGAAAGAGACUUCAGUUCCUACCACUUGAAAAUACAAAAGAUUCUGUAUUAAAUGCGGUGAAGCUGGGGUCUGUUACUAGUCGUCCAGGUUGGGAAGACAAGAUGACCACUUUUCUCCAGAAAGAGAAGAAAAUUCCAAUGCUACAAACUCCCUAUGAGACAGAACUGACAUACAAAGCAAGAAUGGAGGCACUAGGAGAGACUGAGAAACUCUUUGAUGCACUUACGCAAGAAAAGCAGCAGAUUGAAGCUGCACUAAGUCGCAUACCUGGUUCAACAGGUAGAAUGACUCUGCAAGCAAGGCAUGAAAAGGAAGCUUUGGAAGAUCGUUUAGAAAGAAUCAAUCGCGAUCUAGGAUCAAUCCGUAUGACAUUGAAGCGAUUUCAUGUUUUACGAACUUCUGCAAAUUUGUAAACUGUUUUCUGUUCGUUCUUGACCAAAUCAUUACUUGCACUAAAACGACAUGUAUAUGCACAUUUCUCAUUGAUAAAAGAUAGGUUUAUUUUGGAAUAUUGAAACUGAAUGAUGGCCUUAAUAUGUGUGUCUAUAUAUUAGAGGUCACACUGUAUGUGUAAGAAAACAUUCUGUGCCUUUUUAACAAAUGUAGUCCAUAUCUUACUAGUUUUGUGACUUAAAAAUUAGAACCAAAUCCCCACAAGAUUAUAUUUUAGUAAUGUUUAGAGAAUGCACAAUAUCUGUACUUUUGUAUUGGAUGUAGACCAUAUAGACUGGUUACUGCUUGUAAAACUUGCACCAAGAUGUAAAUUGCAAGAAAAUAUUCUGCAGACUUGGGAGUUUUGUUUCUCAGAAUUUUUAAACAUUUUAUAUUUGAUGUUGCAAUACAUUUUGUUGAACUAAUUUUUCAAAAAAAAAUGAGAAGUUAAAUAAACUGAUAGGCCAGA